CAAAAUCCCAAUGGUGAAUGAGGCAAAAUUUUUGGGUGUUUUGUUUGACCAUAAACUAACGUUUUUGCCGCACUUGCGCAAUUUGAAGAGUAGAUGUCUAAAAUCUUUGAAUAUUUUAAAGGUACUGUGCUGCUCAUCCUGUGGAGCAGACAAAUGUUCUAUGCUUAGGAUUUAUAGGGCCUUUGUGCACUCAAAGCUGGACUACGGUUGCAUUGUUUAUGGGUUUGCGCAAGAAUCUACUGUUCGAAUGCUGGAUCCAAUCCACCAUCAAGCACUACGUUUGUGCACUGGUGCUUUUCGAACUUUUCCUGUACAAAGUUUGUAUGUGGAUGCUUAUGAGCCUCCACUAUCUCUUAGGAGAGAACAGUUGUCUCUUUUUUAUUAUAUAAAACAAAAAUCCUUUAGUAAACCUUCAGUUGAUUGUACAGUAUCAGAUACUCAGCUGAAAAGAUUAUUUGAAGCUCGCCCAAGUAGUGUCCCUACAUUCGCCAUAAGAAUGGAGAAUGUGAGCAACACGAUUGACCUGGAUACAGGCAACAUUUCACAGCUAGAGGUCUGUAGUGUAUCACUUUGGUCAACUAUCUCUUAGGAGAGAACAGUUGUCUCUUUUUUAUUAUAUAAAACAAAAAUCCUUUAGUAAACCUUCAGUUGAUUGUACAGUAUCAGAUACUCAGCUGAAAAGAUUAUUUGAAGCUCGCCCAAGUAGUGUCCCUACAUUCGCCAUAAGAAUGGAGAAUGUGAGCAACACGAUUGACCUGGAUACAGGCAACAUUUCACAGCUAGAGGUCUGUAGUGUAUCACUUUGGUCAACUAUCUCUUAGGAGAGAACAGUUGUCUCUUUUUUAUUAUAUAAAACAAAAAUCCUUUAGUAAACCUUCAGUUGAUUGUACAGUAUCAGAUACUCAGCUGAAAAGAUUAUUUGAAGCUCGCUCCUUUGAUAAAUGUUGACAUUAGCUUAAAGCAAUUUCCUAAGGAAUCCACACCUGACCACGUCUAUAGACAGCACUUUGCAGAAAUUCAACAUAGUUAUAGGAAUUUAAUUCCUAUUUAUACAGAUGGAUCUAAAUCUGAUGAUUACUGAUGAUAAAAAUGAUAAUUCUGUGUUAAAAUGAAAAGAAAACGAACGAAGCCUUCUUUUAAUAAAACGAAUGAAGAUUCAUUAAAUACUAAUAACAAUAAUAAGCAAUCGUUACAAAGUAAAAAAAAAGAAUGAAACAGAAAAUUUUAAAAAGUCUAAUAUUAAUGUUCAAGUUAAGCCAAGUUUUAUAAAAACGUUCUUUUUAUAUAUUUUUGAUCGGAAAUGUUGGUUAUUAGGACUGAUUAUAAUACCAUUAUUAAAUCAUGCUGCUUUGAAAUAUGAAAAUAGAGAAUUCAAAUUAUCAGGUGAAUUUCUUGAUUUCAACUGGCAACAGACAAUGUACAUUAGCUGUUUGGGAAAAGGACUUCCAACAGUUAUUAUGGAUUCAUCUACUGGUAUGACAUCUGAUAUUUGGAUACCUGCACAGAAAGAAUUAUCAAAGCUAACACAGGUUUGCAUUUAUGAUCGUCACGGUCUUGGAUUUAGCAGACGUUUACAGAAUAAUGUAUCAGAUUCGUAUGUAAUAAAAAGGUUUGGUCAAUUAAGUACUGUUGAACGAAUGGUAGAUGAUUUACAUCAUCUUGUUACUGUAAGCAAACCUUUAUCACGUCCAUUUAUUCUUGUUGGAUCUGAAUUAGGUGCAUUAAAUGUUAGAUUUUAUACUCAACUUUAUGAAAGAGAUGUUUCAGACAUUGUUUUAGUUUAUCCAUUAGUAGAAAAUUUAUUUCAUCAAGAUGAUGGAAUAUGGCAUAAUUAUUGGUAUUCAGACUUAAUUUCUUCCGUAUUAAAGCUUCAGUUGUCUGCUUUUGCUGGAAUUUCCAGAAUAGGUUUAUUAUUAGGAUUUAUGGAUGUUCCUAUUAAAGGAGAACAUAUUGUAGAAGAUAUUAUCAUCAGACAGAAACAUUUCCUGUGUAAUCCACAUCAUUUGGGAGCUGCUUUAGAUGAACAUUAUUUCAUGAAUUACAGUUUUUCUCAAAUGAUGACAAUAUGGAAAUUAAAGACAUUUCCAGUAAAUGUAUCAGUGACUGUUAUAAAUGGAAAAUUUUAUGAUAAAACACUGCAACCUGAUUUGAAUAAAGCUUGGGAAAAAUCUCAGCAUCAUUUAAUUGGAAAUCUUCAUAAUGGAUGCAAUCAUAUUUCAAUUGCUGAUGCUGAUCAUAAUAUUACUUUCAAAGAACCCUGGAUUAUAAUAGACUGUUAUAAAUGGAAAAUUUUAUGA